CUGGUUGGCCUGAGUUUACAAGACAUGGAAUUUAAAACACCAACGGAGGAAACUUCUUUUUGAAUUCCAGUAUGUUACGGCCACCAGCUGCCUUUUUCAGAAUGUUACCAUGGCAACAUUUACGUGCCCAGCAGAGGGGCAUGCCUGCAUGUCUUACCACUGCAGCAUCUGGAAAGACAGAGACAAGGGCAGUUAUCUUUGAUAUGGGAGGAGUUAUCUUGCCUUCUCCAAUGCUAAUAUUUCAAGACUUUGAAAGGCAAAAUAAUUUACCUGAUGGGUUGAUAUUGAAGACGAUUCUUUCUGACAGAACUAAUGGAGCAUGGACAAGAAUGGAGGAAGGGCGUCUUAACUUGUCCGAAUUUGCUAAAGUUUUCAGUGAAGAGUGCUCCAAUCAGCUUGGCAAGUCUGUGGAUAUGUCGGAUCUUAUGCCACGAUUUAGCAAGUUCGCAGUCACGCCAUUCCCGCAGAUGAUAGAUGCUAUAAAGUGUGUACGAGCAGAGGGACUGAAAACGGCACUACUUACAAAUAAUUGGUUCAACCUAGAUAGCCAACAGACUUAUAUACCACUUGAUCUGUCCAUGUUUGAUGUGGUAGUAGAAUCAUGUAAAGUUGGAUACCGGAAGCCUAACCCUAAGAUAUACGAGAUAGUAUUGAAGGAGUUAGAUCUGCCCGGUGAACAAUGUGUGUUCCUUGAUGACAUGGGAGGCAAUCUAAAAGCAGCUAAAGAGUUUGGUAUUAAAACUAUCAAGGUGAAGGACCCAGAUCAAGGUGUCAGAGAUUUGGAGGAAGAGCUUGGCCUGACAAUGCGAGGAUAUGUGCCAGGGACAACUACUGUACCAAAACGUCUUCAACUUGACCAGAAAAAAUUGAAAAGUUUCCUCAAUUGGCAACUGAAGUUACAGUCUAAAGAGGAGCCUAUAUUGAGAUGUUUCUCUCAUGGACAGUCUAAUCCUACAUACUUCAUCAGAUAUGGAGGCAAAGAUAUGGUGCUUAGAAAAAAACCUCCCGGAAAGUUAUUGCCGUCAGCUCAUGCUGUGGAGAGAGAAUAUAAAGUUAUGAAAGCUGUGAAACCACAUGGUGUACCUGUACCUAAAAUGUUGGCUCUUUCUGAAGAUGAUAGUAUAAUAGGGACACCAUUCUACAUUAUGGAGCAUGUACCAGGCCGUAUUUUCCAGGACCAUCUUUUAGAGGGUCACUUGCCAGAGGAGAGAACGGCUAUAUACCAGGAGAUGGUGAAAACGUUAUGUAAGAUACACUCAGUGGAUAUCAACGCAGCAGGACUGCAAGACUACGGAAAACAAGGAGGUUAUUUGAUGAGAAAUUUUACAAGAUGGGCAAAACAAUAUGAGGCCAGUAAGACAGGAGAAAUAGAGAGUAUGAAUAAACUUAUGGAGUGGAUUCCUACACAUUUACCUGAGAAUGAACGCUGCACUAUUGUACAUGGAGAUUUCAGACUAGACAACUUGAUUUAUCACCCACACAGACCUGAUGUUUUGGGUGUACUUGAUUGGGAAUUGUCAACACUUGGUGACCCCUUUUCUGACCUAGCAACAAUGGUCAUAUGUUAUUAUAUUCCACCUAAUUUCCCUAUGUUUCCAUCAUUUAUUGGAGUAGAUUUGAAGGCUAUGGGUAUACCAUCAGAACAACAGCUUGUAGAGAUGUACUGUAAACGUAUGAAUAUACCAGUUAUUGACAACUGGGAUUUCUACGUGGCCUUCAACUUCUUCAGGUUUGCUGCCAUCUUACAGGGUGUUUACAAACGUGCUAUUUCAGGACAAGCUAGUUCACCGAAUGCUGAACUUGUUGGCCUGUAUGCGAAAGAAGUAGCCAACAAGGCGUGGGAGGUGGCUUCAAGAAGUAAUAUAAAACCGACCAAUCAAAACACAGCAGGAUCCUCGUCAGGGAGAAGGAAUUAUAGCACGUCUGCAGCAUCAAAUAUGGCCAGUGCAGGUGAAAUGGUAAUAUCUGUGGAGAAUCUUCAGCCACGUGCCAAGACUCUCUACAAACAAGUGAAGGAGUUUAUAGAGAAAGAGAUAGCUCCAUUAGAGUCUGCGUAUGUUGCUCACAGCCAUUCUGAUGACAGAUGGAAAAUAUUCAAACCACUAGAGGAACUUAAGGCUAAAGCAAAGGCAGCAGGGUUAUGGAACUUGUAUUUGCCAAAGGAGUCAGACCCGGGUAUGAAGUAUGGGGCUGGACUAACUAAUGUAGAAUAUGCAUUCAUCUGUGAGGAGAUGGGAAAAUAUAUUAUAGCACCAGAGGUGUUCAACUGUUCAGCACCAGAUACAGGGAACAUGGAGGUAUUAGUCAAGUACGGUACAGAGGAACAGAAACAAAAAUGGCUUACACCAUUGUUAAAUGGGGAGAUCAGAUCCUGCUUCGGAAUGACAGAACCUGCUGUUGCCUCUUCAGAUGCCACCAAUAUUCAAUCUUCUAUUGAAAGAGAUGGAGAUUUUUAUGUGAUCAAUGGUACGAAAUGGUGGACAUCAGGAGCCAUGCACCCUAAAUGUAAGAUAUGUAUAUUCAUGGGUAAAACUGAUACAAAGGCAUCUACACAUAAACAACAGAGUAUGAUACUUGUUCCCAUGGAUGCACCAGGGGUCAAGAUUAUACGACCUUUAAGUGUGUUUGGUUACGAGGAUUCUCCAGCUGGCCAUGCAGAAGUACUAUUUGAGAAUGUACGGGUCCCUGCUUCAUACAUGUUACUGGGUGAAGGUCGCGGAUUUGAGAUAGCUCAAGGUCGUUUAGGACCUGGUAGAAUACAUCAUUGUAUGAGGCUUAUAGGUCAUGCUGAAAGGUCACUGAGCCUUAUGAUUGAUAGGACUAUGAACAGAGUUGCUUUUGGGAAGCCCUUAGCGGCACAGGGAACCAUUCAGGCAGACGUCGCACAGUCUAGAAUAGAAAUUGAACAAACAAGGUUAAUGGUGCUUAAAGCUGCACAUAUGAUGGAUCACUUUGGUAACAAGGUUGCAGCCAAUGAAAUUGCAAUGAUCAAAGUUGCUGCACCAAAUAUGGCACUACGAGUGAUUGACAGAGCUAUACAGGCGCAUGGUGGAGCGGGGCUGCAUGACGAUUUACCUCUAGCAAGUUUUUACGCAUGGGCAAGGGUUUUACGCCUAGCAGACGGUCCAGACGAGGUUCAUUUGCGUGCAGUAGCAAGAAGAGAGUACAAACAAGCUUCUAAGUUAUAGAGAUCAGCACGUUUGACAUACUUUGAAUAUAAACAAGCUUCAAAGUUACAGAGAUCAUCUUGUUUAACUCUUCUGAAGGCAAACAAGCUUCUUUGUUCUGAGUUACAGAGACCAUCUUGUGUAACUAAAGAAUACAAAAAAAAAAG